AACUAAAUCGAUGCAAUGACUUUUUGUUGUCAAAUCUCGAGACACUGAUGAUAUCGCCGGGCCGGGUGAUACACGACAACCAGCAAGCGGUGCUGUUGGGCACGCUGCUCGUCACCGCCGCGCUCGCUUUGAUAGGCACCUCUCCGCGACACUCCCUCACGACCAGUGCCGCAUCAUGGACAUGCAUCUGGGCAUACACUCGCUUUAGGAGUGGUCUUAGCAGCACCGGGGAGUCGCAAGGUCGCUUACUAUCCUGGGCGGCAGGUGUGCUGCUGGCCUUGUCUAGCGUGUGCGAAAGAGCUGUCGAAAGGGGCCACAUAUACUGGGCAAAGGCCCUUCUUCCCGUCCUCGUCUGCGUAAUCGUCAAAGUAGAUGCAUUCGGCACUGCGCGCUUCAAUUCUAGUACGGACACGCGGUCCGCCGAGAAGCCAAAGAAUGGAGACACCAGGCUGUUGACAGUGCUUACCGUGUCGGCACUCGUGGCUCUGAGCUACGUGAGCGAAUUGAGAGCAACAUUCGCACUAGGCUGUUGUAACGCUGUGCUCGUGGCUGUCGUCCUUUCGCUGUUACAGACUGCCCAUCGAGAGACAGUCUCAACCGAUACCAACGAUGGAGUGAUAUCCGUGAGUGGCCUGCUCUCGCAACCGACCAUUCGAAAAAAUAUACAGCAGGUGCUGGUUGAUGUGUCGUUUGCAGCGGCACUGGCGCAGUGGAUGUCUGCUUUCCUUCUCGAAGGCUUCAGUACGAGACCAUUCUGGUUCGCGUUCCUGCCGCAACAGAUUCUCAUGGUAGUCUUGGGAGUAAGCAUGGUAAUUGUCCAUGUCAUGUUGAACAGAAGCAUGAUCCUCGUGGUUGAUAAAUGCGACCAAGUCACAACAGCCUCGACCUUUGUCGUCGCAGCCCUUGCUGCUCAGCUAGCAACCGAAUUUUCUCUGGGACGCCUUUGGUUUGCAUCGCUAUGCCUGCUUUCGCUCUACGUUUUUCUCCAUGACCGCACAAACUCGACGACUCGACAAUCCGCGCUAGACGACCGAGCAAACAUGCGGUCCAGACGCCUCCUCACGCUCCUACUGCUGGUAUCACUCGCCUUACUUGCAGCCUUCAACUUCCGCGACCGCUUGAUUGCCCGAGUCGUCCCGAAUGGUCCGGCGGCCCCCUGGUCACCCACACUUCGCGACCAAGACCUAUCAGCACCACUACAAUACAAUGACACCCACGUCCAUCCUAUCGAAUACCUAGCGAAGAACGCCGAGCAUGAUUUCAGCUCUCUUCUGCAAAGACAGUCGCGCACGCUAGGGGAAGCUGUCGCCGAAUACAAGCGCAGAUACAAUAUCCCUCCACCGCCCCACUUCGACAAGUGGUUCCAAUUCGCACAGGACCGUAAUGUCCAAUUGAUAGACGAGUUUGAUACCAUUCACAAUUCGCUCCUCCCAUUCUGGGGUCUGAAGCCCGUCACCAUAAGACGGAGGGUUCAAGAGGCUAUUGGCUUCGAUGGUAACAAUCUGAUCGCUCUGAUGAUACGAAGUGGAAAGGUGACACACGUUCGAAGUGGUCAAGAAUGGCAGCAAAAGGCGACAAUCGGCAUGAUGGACAAAUUUAUUCAGUACCUGCCUGAUAUGGAUCUGGCUUUCAACAUUCAUGAUGAGCCUCGAGUCGUUGUGCCUCACGAUGAGCUAUCCCGUCUGGUCGAAGUAGCCAAAGACAGAAAUAUGCCUGCUGCAUUCGCCAAUCCUGACCCCAAAGACGGAUUCUCGUCUCGACCCAAGGAUUUGAAUUCAGGCGAACGAGUAGAUGAGGUGAAGGUUACACGCUUCAACGUCUUCGCCCACCAGCCUACAUGGAUUCCGUCACGUCUUUCGUGCUCUCCUAAUAGCCCCGCUCGAGCACUCGAAGAGGAAACCACUCCUGAUAAUGUUGCAGCAUAUGCAAUGAGCGAGCUAGGAUUUGUGUAUAAUGACACUGCCUUCAGCGACGUCUGCAAUUCUCCUUCAUUCGGGACAUCUCACGGCUUCUUUGAUCGACCGAACGCAUUUAACGUGGUGCACGAUCUUGUACCUAUCUUCUCCCAGUCCAAGAUGAGCAGUUUCCAGGACAUCCUUUAUCCUUCUCCAUGGUAUUGGUACGGCAAAGUCACUUACGACGAACACAAAGAUCUUGCAUGGGACAAGAAAGAAAGUAAGCUAUGGUGGGUCGGCAGCACGACUGGCGGGUUUUCACGCGAUGGUGGAUGGCGUCGCCAGCAUCGCCAAAAGCUUGUGCGCACACUCAAUGCUCCUGACCAAGCCAAGAUCAUGUACGAUGCGCACCUGAACUCCGCCUCAUCUCGGGAUGACAACACGCCCGAUUGGCAAAUGCGCUCAGUGGCUCGCUCCGAAUACUCGGAACUGAUGGAUGUUCACUUCUCUCAUGUUGGCCAAUGCGACCCUGGCGACUGUGAUGCACAAAAGGAGUUCUUCAAGAUUGUGGCUCCUGCCGAUCAACAAGAUGCCUGGAAGUACAAAUACUUGCUCGAUAUGGAUGGCAAUGCUUUCAGUGGCCGCUUCUAUGCGUUCCUCAAGUCUCACAGUUUAGUCUUCAAGAUGGCCGUGUUCCGUGAGUGGCACGCCGAAUGGCUGAAACCAUGGAUACACUAUGUACCGCUCAGUCUACGAGCAGAAGAAGCACUUGAAUCAGUACGUUACUUUGGUGCAGAAGAGCUUGGUAAGAAUAUGGCUAUCGAGAUGGCCGAGCAAGGCAGAGAAUGGAGCAACAAAGUGCUAAGAAACGAAGACUUUGAAGUGUGGUUCUUCAGGCUAUUACUCGAGUACGGCAGGCUUGUCGAUGACAACAGGGAGAGCAUUGGCUUUAGGGCCUAGGUACUUUGCAGGACAUCACAUCACAUCGUACAUAGAUUUUAUCAUACAUAGUACUCGGUACAUAAAUGAAACGACAUUUUAUGAAACAGCUGUC